AUGGUUCGAUUUCAAGGCUGUAUUCCUAGUCCAGAAGACAUACGAGACCACGAAGCCUCUAUCGAUAAACUCAAAGGGCUCAGCAAAGGACUCUGUCUUCCAGCUUUCGACAUAUACAAGAACACAUCGGCCUUCGCUGAGAAGUUGCCAUUCACGCCGCACAUAUACAAUCAAGGUGAUAUCAAUUCAACAGACACGGCAAGAGUGCCAGGUUCAGGGAGCAUGAACCGCGACGUUCUCAAAGCCAUCCUAGCCCUGGGAUGUUGCGCUGAGGCCGCGUCUCUGUCUAUCCUCAAACACGAGAGCAACGGCACGUGGCCAUAUAUUGAGAUUGGUUCCAAAGAGGACGAGUGGCCACACUGCAUGAAAGUACGCAACACCCCGUCAGCGUACGCGAAGCCGGAGGACGCCAAGUCGGAGGGCCAUCCUCCACUCUUCCAGGACGGCGCCCUCUGCCGCCUUCCACCGGAUGUUAAGUGCUUCGCUGAAGCUACGCGUCACCGCACGUUACCCUACGCUCAUCCGAAGCCAAUUGAUGAUGUCAAUUGCUGGAAGGCCCUUAUCCAAGUCGGCUAUCCUAUCGUGUUCGCAAUCGACCUCUAUUCAAAUUUUGAUCACACCGCAUCUAGUUCAGAUUACGGGUUCAUCGUAGCAGUACCGUAUCUCAAUAUGAGUGAGCACGAGGGACAUGUGAUUAUGGCCGUAGGCUGGGACGACAGCAAGGGCAACGGUGGGGCUUUUCGUGUACAUAAUAGCUGGGGUGAUGAUUUGGCUAGUAGGGGCUUCUACUAGAUGGAGUACAGUUGGAUGCGCAGUGAUGGUUUCCAGAAGGAUGCUUGGGUUUCGAUUGACUCGGCGGACAACUGAAUAAGCAUCAUCGGAAAGUAGCACAUGCCGUUUGGGAGUUGUCAGCCGCUUCCAAGAUCUCUUAGCCAAAAUGGUAACGUGUGUGAAGCAUAAAUAUGAAGUUGUAGUCCACGAUAUUGUUCAGUAUGACGUCACC